ACUCCUCCAAAACGUAAAGCCCUCACAAUAACCACAAUUCCUAACCAACGUCUUUAGAUCCUUCCAGUCUUCUCCGCCCUCGUCUGGCUUGGUAUGCUCCUGGGCCUCCUCCUCUACUGGGUCGUCGACACCAAUAGCGAACAUUACUCGUACAUGGACUCGGACGACAACAUAGCCUUCAUCUCCGACAUUGGCGCCAGCAAGCUCAAGCCGCUCUUCAUCGCGGGAUCGGCCGUCACAACCGUCUUCCUUAACCUGUCGUUUGCUGCCGAGCGCCUACUGCGUCACAAUGGACGACUGGUCCCCAACACGACUGUCAAGGAGAAGGUUCUCUCCAUAAUCAGCAUAAUUUUCGCCAUUGUCGGCAUGUGUGGCUUGAUCCUCUUGUCCAUUUUCGACACGCACCACCAUCACAAAUUACACGACAUCUUCCUCUUCCUCUUCAUUGCUGGAUACAUUAUUUCCGCCAUCUUCAUUUGCUGGGAAUACCAACAGCUAGGCCUAUACAACCGCCAGCACCGCAUCCUCCGCAUCUCCUUCUGGGUGAAACUCACCUUCGUCAUCGUUGAGUUCAUUCUCGCCAUCAUCUUCGUCUCUACAAACUGGAGCGACAACCAAAACGUCGCCGCCGUCUUCGAAUGGAUCAUCGCAUUUAUCUUUACAUUCUACAUCCUUUCUUUUGUCAUCGAUCUCUUGCCCGCCGUCCACACAAAAGCUCCCGCCUCACGAUUUAGCAAGGCUCUUGAGCACGAGAUGGAAUUAGCAGAAAGCCAAGACGGCAACAGUGGCCAUACGGGCUCUUACCGCAACGACUACGGUCGAAACAACAACCGAUACAACUUCCAAUGAAUGAUGUGCGGGAACAGCGGUUUCUGGUGUUUUUAGGUGUAUGAUCAAGCAGCGAAGUACUUUUUUCUUUUAUCUUAUAACGAAUGUAAGAGUAUGUAAGAAGACAUGGGAACGAAAAGAAUCAGAGAGGCAUUCAAUGAGGCGUUAUCAGGCUUUGCGUGGAUGUUCAGGUUAACGGGUUGGGUAUAAAUUAUCAGAACGAAUA